AUGACCGCUGGGACGGUGUCGAAAAAAUUCAGAACAACCGUAUGGAUUUCGAUCGCAUUCAUUGUCGCCUUCCUGAUAACCUUCGUCAUCCUUGCUGUUGCGCAAUGCCUACCCGUGGAAGCAUACUGGCUGCGGCUUAAUCCCGUCUGGGCAACGACACACAAGUACAAAUGCAUCAAUGAACCGGUUGGCGUUAUCAUCGCAGGAAGUAUCAGCAUAGUACAGGAUUUCAUCGCAUGUGGCCUGCCCAUCAUGCUUUUCUGGAAACUACAAAUGCCUCGACGGCAGAAGAUUGCGUUAGGCAUUAUUUUUGGGGUCGGAGCAUUCCUAUGCGUCGCCGGCAUUCUCCGCCUAUAUUAUGUCUACCACUACUUCUACCUGACCGGUGACGGCACCUGGACCGCUCAUGAUAUCUGGAUCUGGGCCGUGGUCGAAUCGCACAUGGCCAUCGUCUGUGCCUCGGCGCCUGCGCUGAAAGUCUUCUUCAAGAAGAUACUUAAUGCCAGCGGGCUUGGCUCACAUCUCAGCGGCUCACUCAAACGCGCGAGAGGUCACAGCCGUAGUAAAGGCUAUGGUGGGAACACAUCGCCAUCUCAGAAUACCAAAGAUGACCCGAGCAUCGGCUACAAUGCUUCCGCGAGCAGAGGAGGGUCGAACGAGAUGCCUAGACUCAAGAAUAGCUGGACACGUGACGUGGAGCUAGCGAACAUCAAGGUGGCGCGUGAGGUGGAUGUCAUCUACGAGAUAAGAGACAUGGACGUGGAUGGCGACGCUUCGUCGGGGCGCAGCAGCGCGGAGCUUAAGCCUGUGGAGCCGAGAAGGUUCCAUUACCCCAACCGGAAUGUCGAAGGCCGAAUAUGGCAGCAGUAG